CCCGCUCCUUCUCCCAUUCGUCCCACUCCUCAGCCAGCUCCGUCCCCAAAUUCCGCUCCGUCUCGCCCUCAUCCUCCACGCCCUCCAGGAGAAGUGCGAAAGGGAAAGGGGAGGAGCACGUUGGUAUGUUGAAUUGGUGUGCCUACCACCUGUGUUCACGUUUGCCGAUCUGGCCAUCUCAUCGGCCCGCCAUUUCAAGCACUGCACGUACGUGGCAAGCCGCUGCCUCAGUUAACGGCCCUCCUGGGCCUGAGUUACGUCAAGGACGGCACGGACGGCAUGGCAUGGCUAUCACAACGAGGUGGGCCUAUCAAGGUGCGCAUCACCGAGGCGUCCCGACUGCCGUCCUCAUCUCGAUAGCCUCCCAUGCAGUAUCAGCUUAUUGGCGUUUCGGCCAAUUGGCCGAUUGUGAUAAGUUUUGUCCUUGGUAUUGAUCCUCUUAACCAUAUCGUGUCCGUUUGGCCUUUAUUGCGGCUUAUUUCUCCGCCGUUGCCAGACAUUGAAAGCCACCGUGAGUGGACCGCACGCGUGUGGACUAUGAUGGCGCGCCGCGUACCGUGGGUGCCUCCAGUGGCCAACUACUAGCGCUAUCAGAGUCAUCAAUCAAGCGGCCCGCGGCAAGUCCUGCCGCUGUGCCAGCCCAACAUGGUCGAGACGAAGCUGGCGCCCGAUACCAUCAUCUACAGUGCUGGCAUCUGCGCAUGCGAGAAAGGUCAGCAGUGGCAGCAGGCCCUGUCGCUGCUCAGCGACAUGGUCGAGACGAGGCUAGAGCCCACUGCCAUCAGCUACAACGCUGGGAGGAACGUUGGCGAGAAAGGUCAGCAGUGGCAGCGUGGCAGCGGGCCAUGUCGCUGCUCAGCCGCAUGAUCGAAACGAAACCUGUGCCGGAUACCAUCGUCUACAAUGCUGGGAUGAGCGUUUGCAAGAAAGGUUAGCAGUAGCAGCGGGCCCUGUUGCUGCUCAGCGUCAUGGUCGAGACGCAGCUGGAGCCCAAUACCAUCAUCUACAACGCUGGGAUCAGUGCAUGCGAGAAAGGUCGGAAUUUGCAGCAGGCCCUGUCGCUGCUUGACGAGAUGGUCGAGACAAAGCUGGAGUCCAGUGCUUGGAUGAGCGCUUGCGUGAAAGGUCAGCAGUGGCAGCGGACCCUGUCGCUGCUUGACGAGAUGGUCGAGACGAAGCUGGAGCCCACUGCCAUCAGUUACAACGCUUGGAUCAGCGCAUGUGAGAAAGGUCAGCAGUGGCAGCGGGCCAUGUCGCUGCUCAGCUGGAUAGUCGAGACGAAACUUGAUGUCCAUACCAUAAUAUGCAAUGCUUGGAUCCGUGCUUGCAGAGAGGUCAGCAGUAGCAGCAUGCCCUGUCGCUGCUCAGCGAGAUGGUCGAGACGAAGAUGGAGCCCGUUGUCAUCAGCUAUCGUUCUGGGAUGAACGCUUGCGAGAAAGGUCAGCAGUGGCAGGAUUUGGAGGUUGACCUUUCGUUUCCAGGCAAAACCAAGUCAUACCCCGCGCCUCCACGUCACGCAGUUCGACUGUUGCGGGCCGCCCCGCGAAAGUCGUCACACAUUGGACCAUAUUGGCCGUAUUGGAUGCCAGCCCGCACGACGAAGACCUUGGGGUUCUCUUAGCAUCUUUGCGUCCAGAGUUGCACAGGGCCACGCGAGGAUUGUUUCCCAAGGCAUCCGAGUGCUGCCAGGCUUCCCUGUCCGGGGGGAUCCUAUGCGAAGAAAGCCCUUUGGCCCUAGCACCUUUCCGUCCAGACCCAGUUGCCUGGGCCUUUGCCCCGCCGUCUCCGGCUGAUCAGUCCGCCCUGGUCCCCUGGGAGGAUUCAGGUCGUACCGGCUGGUCGGGGGUUCGGGCUUGGAGCGGAUGUGGAUGGUCUGACUGCGGUCUGCCCUGUUCGGACAGGCUGGUUGACCCCAGGGCGGAUCCUUCCUCAAGUUCCCUUUUCCGCAUCCACAUGUGCCCCCUUUGGGCACUCCAGGUGCAAGGCGGGUCGCCUCCAUUCCUCCUGCUAUGCUUGGAGCCAGCUCCGUCCCCAAAUUCCGCUCCGUCUCGCCCUCAUCCUCCACGCCCUCCAGGAGAAGUGCGAAAGGGAAAGGGGAGGAGCACGUUGGUAUGUUGAAUUGGUGUGCCUACCACCUGUGUUCACGUUUGCCGAUCUGGCCAUCUCAUCGGCCCGCCAUUUCAAGCACUGCACGUACGUGGCAAGCCGCUGCCUCAGGUAACGGCCCUCCUGGGCCUGAGUUACGUCAAGGACGGCACGGACGGCAUGGCAUGGCUGUCACAACGAGGUGGGCCUAUCAAGGUGCGCAUCACCGAGGUUGACGUCGCGAAGAAGCAGAUCAAGGUGUCGCAGCUGGAGCCCCUGAGCAAUCAGAAGGUCAACGCUGAACUCUCCAAGAGGACUCGGAAUUGCUGGGACGGUCGGCCCCUGCUCAAGUGUCGCGUUCGAGCUGCGCGGAGGAGGAGAAGG